AUGGUCAAAGAGCGGCAUUAUUACGAUGUGUUGGGUGUUUCACCCGACGCCCCAGCGUCUGAAAUAAAAAAAUCCUUCAAGAAACUUGCCUUGAAGCACCACCCAGACAAAGGAGGUGAUCCAGACAAGUUUAAAGAAAUAGCACACGCGUUUGAGGUCCUGUCCGAUCCGAAAAAGCGACAAAUAUACGAUGAAGGUGGUGAGCAGGCCGUGAAGGAGGGUGGAAUGGAUGGCUUCAGUGGUUUCCACAACCCAAUGGACAUUUUCGAUAUGUUCUUUGGUGGGGGCAGGAGCAGGCAGCCUCAUCGUGGUCGUGACACUGUCCAUCCUCUAAGUGUCACAUUAGAAGAACUUUACAAUGGAGCCACCAGAAAGUUCAACGUCACCAAAAACGUUAUCUGUACCAAAUGCGAAGGUCGAGGUGGAAAAGCCGGUGCUGUGCAACCUUGUCGCACAUGCAAAGGCCGAGGUGUCGAAAUCCAU